AUGGGAGCAUUCAAGGGAGCCAUAGCGGAUGGAAUCUUGACAUCCAUGUGGGUGUUCAGCGUUCCUUUGCUGGGUGUUUUCUCCUCCAUCGCAGCAACAUACGUGGGUGUUGAACCCAUAUCAAUAGCUGGUCUUUUCAUAACCAUUAAUGUCGCCGCUCUUUUUAUGCUUACUUUCAGCUUGAUAGGAGCUGCCGUCGGUGGUGCCAGUUUCAACCCUGCUACAACUAUAACUCUCUACACAGCUGGUCUAAAGCCUGAUGCAUCUCUCAUCUCUAUGGCUUUGCGUUUUCCGGUUCAGGCAGCUGGUGGGGUUGCUGGGGCCAUUGGAAUUACAGAAAUGAUGCCAAAUCAGUACCGGCAUGUGCUCAGAGGUGGUCCUUCUUUGAAGGUAGACUUGCAUACAGGGGCAAUUGCUGAGGGGGUGUUGACUUUUUUGAUCUGUCUUGCCUUACAUUUUCUUUUGCUCAAGGGUCCUAAAAACUUUGCGUUGAAGGUGUGGUUGCUGGCUGUGGUUACCGUGGGAUUGGUUGUGGCUGGAGGUAAGUAUACUGGACCUUCAAUGAAUCCUGCCAAUGCUUAUGGAUGGGCUUACUUGAGCAAUAGGCACACCACUUGGGAUUUCUUUUAUGUCUAUUGGAUUUGCCCCUUUAUAGGAGCAACUUUAGCUGCAUUGGUUUCUAAAUUCCUUUUCAAGAAGCCACCUAUCAAAGACAAGGAAGCCUGA